GCCCUUCGUGUUUCCUUCGCUAAAGGACGUUGACUCCUGCUUCUACCACCUAGCAACUCCAACCGGUACCUCCCGUGUCCAACAUGUCAAACAUGAGCGAACAGUGCUCUAAUGAUGCAUUGGAGUACUUCGCUAAGGAGGUAGGACUUCGACGGCCGAUUUUGCGAGUCAAUGCUCUCAUGGUGGUUAUGGGCAUCUUGAUGGGGCUCAUGGUGGGGAUAGGCGCUUACGGUCAUCGCUACCGGCACAUUCCACUGAUCCGUUUUCUCUAUCUGGCUGCCACCACAUUGUUCCUGCCCAUCGUCUCUUAUAUUGUCUCUUCCAGUGGAUUAGACAUUGGACAAUCGAUCAUCAUGCUAUAUAAAGGUGUGAUAAUGAAAGGGGAUUGUCGAGCAGCGGGACACGUCCUCUUGGUCCUUGUAUGGGCGGCUCUGGUUCUGAUUAUUGGUAUAAAUUCGAAUUCACUAGUUGCCGCAGAUGCCAGAGAAGGCCGAAGCAUUCCUCCCAAUAUGACCCUUCUCAUUCAAGCAGUGUGGACCUCCUACCUAGGGAUAUACAUAUGCAUCGUAAAUGGUAUUUCACCUCUGGGGAUAUUAGUGAUUCUUGGUCCGCUUGGUGUUAUAUUUGCCAAAUUAGUUCUGAAGUGUUAUGCUUGGUACAUAGCCAGACAAUCAUUAGCCUUUGGACGCAGUCCUCGUCUUAUUGUUGGAUACAUGGAGAAGCUGCAGGAUGGAAGCCAUCAUGCCGAGUUAGCAAGUGAGCAUAUGCCUCCUCCACUUAUAGUUAAUGGAGAGCACACCAUGAAGGUGCAGGAGAAGUCUUGUGGCUAUGAAUUAAAUUGGAUGUUAAACGGAGUGAGAAGUGAUAUGUACAGCAAAGACUUAGUGACCUUUGACAAAGUUUGGCAGCUGAAUGGCACACUUCUAGGAUCGAAAUCACUACAACUAAAAGAACUAUGCUUUUCAUUCGCAUUAUUUAAACUGUUACGGUGUCGAAUUGCAAGGUACAACAUUAUUGAGGUUGGUUUCAGCAAGGGUCGUAACUUCUUAGGACAAAUCUUGCUUGAGGAUAGUGCUGGUGAAAGAGUACCUGCAAUGAUUGCACAUGAGCUUUCUUUUCUCUAUGAUUAUUAUUAUUCAUCACUUCCAAUCUCAUAUUCAAAGAGUUGGCUGCCAAACGUGAGCGGAUUCAUUUCGGUACUAAACAUCUGUUACUGCAUAUUCAUAAUUUCGAUGAUGAUUUAUAUUGUUAUCAUGGCUCCUUUGUCACGGGAAUCAAAUAAAGGACAGAUUAGUUGUUAUGUGUACUGCAAGGACAUUUCUUAUGACAUUGAAGGAAGACUGGUAUCUUUUGGAAUCAUAUACUUUGAUAUAAUACCAGCAUGUAUACUUGCCGUAUUAGUUAUGCUUACUGAGGCAAGGGACAUUGCAUUUUACACCCGCUCUAACUGGGUUAAAGUAGGCUUGGUAUGUCAAUAUGUGAAGCAUGGUUCCUGGCCAUCAUCUGCUACCAUGAAGAGAUAUGUUAACUCAGUGCUACGGAGUAAAGGGAAGUUGACAAGGAAUUGGGAGGACAAAAUGGGCCAGUCCUCAAUUUUGGUGCUCCACCCAGGGAAAAAUUCAAUGGCUCUUCUUCGUCAUCUCAUUCCUCUGUCAGGCCAAAAUAAGAAGACACCAAGUGCAGUGAAAUCUGCCAUAGUCGGAGCACUGAGAAAAAGCUAUGAGAGAGGACAGAUCAAUGGUGAUGUGUUUUCUUUCCAAAGGAUGCUGCAUCUUCAAGACGACAACAAGAUAAUUUGGACGUUUGGGGAAAGAGGCACAACGGAAAUCAUGCUUGUGUGCCACAUUGCUACUACACUCCUUGGAGCUAGGUCACCACUACAUAAACAACCUCCGUUUGACUCUGACAACAUGUCUGUUGCUAAUCACCUAUCGGGGUAUUGCGCCUACAUGGCAGCGCACUAUCCUGAGCUACUUCCUGAAGAUGAUGAAUGGUGCAAGAGCCUGUACAAGGCCGUCGAGAAAGACGCUGAGCGCGUACUGGUCGGCAAUGAUUUCCGCGAUUCGGCGGCAUCUGAACUGGAGUACCGGAGGAGGUUGAUUGAGUUACUAAGCGCAGAGGGAAACCAUGAGGUGCUAAAGGAUGGUGCCAGGCUUGCGGAGCGAUUGAUUGGGCUGACUGAAGAAGUAGAGGAGAUGGCGUGGAAGGCCCUUGCUGUGUUUUGGUCGGAGAUGGUCUUGUAUGUCGCUCCAUCGGACAACAUCGACGGUCAUAUGAAGGCGCUCGCUCGCGGCGGCGAGCUGAUAACCCUCCUCUGGGCUUUGGUCACCCACCUCGGCGUCGUUGGUAGGUCCGACGACACCACUACCGAUGGUGCUAAUGUCCAUGUGUAAGACUUGUCCUUUAUUUUUUCACGAGUGCUUAAUUUGUUGUAUGUUUGGCUAUCUUUUUCCCUCACUCUCACUGUGCAUUUUCUGUUUCCAUGUUUUGCAAUUUGGUCUCAUCAAGUUGAUGUAGCAGCAUUGCUCAUGUAUCGAUCAUUCCCAUGCGUGUCCUGCCUAGUGUGGCCGCUGUAAGUUAGUUGUUUCUGUGUCUGCGGCAGCC